UCCACCCCCACCCCCCAGCCAACUGCUCCAUCCCCAGGCCCUCAUGCCAGUCUGCCAUGCCCUGACCUGCUCUCACUAUCCCUGGAGUCACCCUGCCUGUUCUCCCUGAAGUCUCGCUGAGCUCUAGUUCUGAUCAUUUUGUGAAGGCGGUUCCUUGGAAUUUUCUGUGAACAAGACGUGGGCUGGGAUACACAGUCAGUAUGGCUGAGCCCCCUGAUGCUGAGGGGCAUGUGGACUGGAGGGAGCGCUGCGUGGCUCUGGAGACCCAACUGCUGAGGUUCCGAGUGCAGGCCAGCAAGAUCCGGGAACUGCUGGCAGAGAAGAUGCAGCAGCUGGAGAAAGAGGUACUGGAGGCUGAGCGCCGGGCCCAGAGAGCCGAGUGGCAGGUACAAGUUAUGGAAGAGAAGCUGAAAGCAGCUAAUAUCCAAACCAGCGAGGCAGAGACGAGGUUGUACAGAAAGUGUCAAGACCUGGAGGCACUGGUCCAGGAGAAGGACGAUCUCAUCCAUAGCCUGGGGCUGCAGCUGGAAGAGCAGAAACAAUUGAGGAAACAAGAAGCUAAAAUCAUAGAAGAGAAAGCGGCGAAGAUCAAAGAAUGGGUAACAGUUAAGUUAAAUGAGCUGGAACUGGAGAAUCAGAAUCUUCGUCUGAUCAACCAAAACCAGACAGAAGAGCUGGGAGCUAUGCAACUGAGGCUGCCAGAAACUGAGGGGAUGAAGUGCCCGGCUGCCUCUGUUCCCAAGGCCCCAGAGGACCAACGCCUCAGCAGCCUGAUGUCUGGCUGCUUUUCUCCCCAAGCUAGGAGCCCUCCCCGAGCAGUGAGACUCGCUGAGGCCAGCAAGGCUCCCUCUGAGGACUCAGAGCUCCCUGGAGAAGUGAGAGCAGAAGCAGAGGUUCCAGAAAUAUCCAUGGGGGAGCAGAGGCCUGAGGCCAGUGGGAGCCUAAGGACUGGCCCUGUGAUGUCCUGCAUCUCAGCAGAGAAGGGGACGGCCAGAAGCAGCCACGACCCCAAGGGCGAGACUGGCGCAUCCCCCUGCUCAGGGCCCCCUGCAAGUGACUGGAGCUCUGAGGACGAGGGGAGCAGAGGCAGGUCUCUGUCCAGGCACACGUCCACCCUGUCCAGCCAGACAUCAGAGGAGGGGGCUCGGGGUAGUGAUCCCUACCUGACGGCCUCGGACGACAACAGCUCCGUGUGUGAUGAGGAUGCAGGCAGGGGCAAGAGGCUGGGGCAGCGGUGGCUGCUGUGUUGGCAGCGGGAGGCCCAGCGCUGGGCACAGGGCGGCUGUGCAGGACCUGGGCGCUGGCCGGCAGGUACCUCAGGGCAGUGGAGAGGGCGCCCUUGGGACCCUGCACCAGACGGCUCAUCCUCCUCCAGUGAAGCCGCCAGCCCCAGCCCCAGCCUGACCUACAGGCAGCCUGGCCCCCUGCUCUGGGGGGGUGCCCCCUGGCUGGGCCUCCCUGCUGGCCUGGCCCGGAGGCCCCUGAGCCAGCCACAGCCUUGCUGCGACCGUGCGUCCAGUGCCCACAGGAACGCCCUCAGCAUGAUCCGGCCACUGCGGCCACAGGAGACCGACCUGGACCUGCUGGAUGUGGCCAGUGGCAACCAGGGCAGCCCUCGAACCCGGGACUGCCAGGAUCCAGCCCCUGAGCAGGAUGGCAGGGACACUGCCUGUGGGCAGCCCCCAACUCCGCCCCUGCACCGCUUCCCCUCCUGGGAGAGCAGGAUCUAUGCAGUGGCCAGGUCAGGCAUGCGGAUGUCAGGAGCCCUCACCUUGGACAGCACCAGCAGCGGUCCCACGGUGCUGCCCCCUGAAGGUACCACAGGCCCCUACAUGGCGUUCAUCUACCGGGACGUGACAGCCCCCGUCUACACCACCCUCAAGGGGAAGGCGACUCAGGUCAGCUGCAGCCCCUCUCUGGAUGAGUCCUCUGGCUCUGAGGAGGAGGGUGGCUCUAGGCGCAGCUCCUGCACCUCAGGGCCCCACCCAGGCAGCCCCCCUGGGCUCACUCGAGGUGUGUCCCUGUCCUCAGUGGCUUCUGACGGGGACUACGCCAUCCCCCCGGAUGCCUAUGGCACAGACCCCGAACCCAGCCAGCCUGAGCAGAGGCCCCAGAGAGGCUGCCCCACACCCUGUGAUGGCAACAGGCAGGAGCCCCUGGAGAAGUCUGGCUACCUCCUGAAGAGGGGGGCCAGAGCACAGGCCUGGAGGAGGCGCUGGUUCAUCCUCAAGGGCGCAGAGCUGCUAUACUACAAGUCCCCAAGUGACGUCACCAGGAAGCCCCAGGGCCACAUCGAGCUCACUGCUGCCUGCAGCCUGCUUCGAGGAGACAAGCAGACCGUCCAGUUGACCACAGAGAAGCAAACGCUCUGCCUGGGUGCAGACUCCCCCAACCUGCUGGAGGACUGGAUCCGGGCGCUGAAGAGGGCACUUUGUGCCCAGGCUCACGGCCUGCUGUCCUUGCCAGCCGUGGGCAAGCCAGCCGUGCAGGGGCAGCUCACCAAGGUGAAGCACGGCUACUCCAAGAGUGUCUGGUGUGCACUGAUAGGGAAAACUCUCUACUACUUCCGGAGUCAAGAAGAUAAGUUCCCCUUAGGGCAGAUCAAGCUCUGGGAAGCCAAAGUGGAGGAGGUGGACAGGUCCUGCGACUCGGACGACGACUAUGCGGCGAGCAAUCAGGGCCUGCUGUCCCCCCGUUACACGGUGGGAGUGCACCCACCAGGCCAGGGCCCCACCUACCUACUGCUCAGCUCCAGGCCCGAAAAGGACACAUGGCUCUAUCACCUGACAGUGGCUGCAGGUGGCAACAGCGACAACGUGGGCUCAGAGUUUGAGCAGCUUGUGUGCAAGUUGCUGAGCAUUGAAGGAGAGCCAGCCUCUCAGAUCUGGAGGCACCCCGCCUUGUGUCACAGCAAAGAAGGGAUCCUGUCCCCACUGACGACACUGCCUUCCCAGGCUCUGCGGACGGAAGCUAUUAAGCUAUUCAAGACCUGCCAGCUGUUCAUCAACGCUGCCGUGGAUGCCCCAGCCAUUGACUACCAUGUAUCGCUGGCACAGAGCGCACUACAGGUGUGUCUGACACACCGCGAGCUGCAGAGUGAGCUGUGCUGCCAGCUCAUCAAGCAGACGCGACGGAGGCAGCCCCACAGCCAGCCUGGCCCCCUGCAGGGCUGGCAGCUGCUGGCGCUCUGCGUGGGGCUUUUCCUGCCGUCACACCCUUUCCUGUGGCUCCUGCGCCUGCACCUGAGAAGGAACGCUGACACCAGAACGGAGUUUGGAAAGUAUGCCAUCUACUGCCAGCGCUGUGUGGAGAGGACACAGCAAAACGGGGACAGGGAGGCCAGGCCCUCACGCAUGGAGAUCCUCUCCACCUUGCUCCGGAACCCGUACCACCACUCCCUACCUUUCAGCGUCCCUGUACACUUCCUCAACGGCCUCUACCAGGUUGUUGGCUUCGAUGCCUCCACCACAGUGGAGGAGUUUCUCAACACCCUAAACCAGGAGGCAGGCAUGAGGAAGCCUUCCCAGUCGGGCUUCGCCCUGUUCACUGACGACCCGGCUGGCCAUGACACUGAGCACUGCCUGCAAGGCAACAUCAAGAUCUGUGACAUUAUUUCUAAAUGGGAACAGGUUUCCAAAGAACAGCCACCUGAGAAAUGGGAAGGUACGAGAACCGUUCGUCUAACUUAUAAGAACAGGCUCUACUUCUCCCGACAAGCACGCGGUGAGACCGACAGAGAGAAGCUGCUGCUGGUGUACCAGGCCAAUGCCCAGGUCGUGCAGGGGCUCUUCCCACUGAGCAAGGACCUGGCACUGGAGAUGGCGGCCCUGCUGGCCCAGGUGGAGCUUGGAGACCUUGAGGGCCCCACGGUGGCCUUGACUGGGCCUGGGAACCAGAGCAAGGCCGAGCAGAGCCUGCGGCAAGCCAUAGAGAAGUUCUACCCCCGGCGCUACAGAGAUGCAGCCUCAGAGGACCAGCUGAGGCAGCUGUCCCAGCGGCUGGCAGCCAGAUGGCAGGCUCUGCGGGGACACAGCUCAACCGACUGUGCCCGCAUCUACCUGACUGUCGCCCGGAAGUGGCCAUUCUUUGGGGCCAAACUGUUUCUGGCACAACCACUCAUACCCUCGUCACUGGGAAGCUCACUCCUGUGGCUGGCAAUCCAUGAGGAGGGAGUCAGCAUCCUAGAGCACAGCUCCAUGAGGCCAGUGGUCAGCCACUCGUACAAGAGCCUCAUGACCUUUGGUGGUUGUCGAGAUGACUUCAUGAUCGUCAUAAGCAGUGCACAUCCAAAGGACAAGCCACCGGAGAAGUUACUUUUCGCCAUGGCUAAGCCCAAGGUCCUGGAGAUCACUCUUUUGAUGGCCAGUUACAUCAACAGCGCCCUCCAGCAGAGGGCGCUCCACCACCUCUCGGCUCCCGCGCUGCUCUCAGCCCAGGAGCGAGGAGCCUGGACCCUGCCCUUGGGCACACAGCUACCACCCCUGAGGACACAGGCCCCACCCCUGGGGACACAGUCCCUGCCUCUGGGGACGCAGGCCUCACCCCCGGGGGAACAGUCCCUGCCUCUGGGGACCCAGGCCUCACCCCUGGGGGCACAGGUCCCGCACCCCACUGGCAGGCCCACUAAAGCUCCCACGCUGCUCUGAGGGCUCCCCACCCCCAUGCCUUCAGCAGGAGGCCAGCUCUUGUUCCCCAUCUGGGAUACUUAGGGGAUACACCUGUGUCACUACAGGGUCACGCUGCCUUGGAGCCACCCCAUAUCUGGUGUGUGUGUGUGUGGGGGGUUGUCACAGGGCCGUUGGCUGAUGCUCAGGGACAGCAUUUUGGGUCCAAGACUGCAGGGUCUCUGAAGACAUCACUGCCCACUGGGGUGCCUGGCCACAGGUUGGCCUAGUGGGACACCACCUGGCAUUUGGCCUCCUGCUGUCUUUUUUUUUUUUUUCUGCUAGAGGGAGAGAGAGACCAACCAACCAUAGCACCAAGUUCCCUUCCCUGUCCAGCCUCACCACUGGGGAAGCCCCUCUGGGAGCCCAAGACCAGCCAGAGCCUGAAUGUGGAGAGGACUCACCCUGGGUCUACACCCCUAUUCCAGCCAGGCAAGGCACUGUAAGAACCGAGUCCCUUCCAUGUGGUGCUUUUUAAAAAAUAUUUAUUUAUUUAUUCCCUUUUGUUGCUCUAGUUUCAUUGUUGUAGUCGUUGUUGUUGGAUAGGACAGAGAGAAAUGGAGAGAGGAGGGAAAGACAGGGGAAGAGAAAGAUAGACACCUACAAACCUGCUUCACCACCUGUGAAGCGACUCCCCUGCAGGUGGGGAGCCGGGUUCUCCAGGUGGGGAGCCGGGUUCUCCAACCGGGAUCCUUCCGCAGGUCCUUGGGCUUUGCACCAUGUGCACUUAACCAGCUGCACUACCGCGGGACUCCCGUGGUGCUUAUUUUUGAGAGCAGAGAGAAAAUAUUUUGAUGGAAAGAAAAGAAAUGGACUUCCUGUAGCUGAUGAUGUGUGUUUUUUAUUUUCUGGUAAAUCACUGAGAUAGCCAUUUAGAAGAUUUAAACUAUGCCAUUAUGAUUGGCCCCAAGAGGAAAAUGUCCCAUAUUUCAUCAUAACAUCUGGUAUAUUUUUCUUCCUACUCAAUGGUAAUAAAUGAUUUACAAUGGC